CUUUAAGCUCUAUGAUAGAGUCUGCAUUGUGAGUGCCCUUAGGAAGCCUGAAACAUCCUGGAGAUUUCGCGAAUCACAGUUUAAGAGAAUGUACAAUCCCCAAACACCACUUACAGAUGGACAACUCAAUGCAAACCGUUUAACGUUUCUAUGUAGCUUUGAUCAAGUAUGAGUAUGAUUCAUAUAUACCAUGAUGUGUUACUUCUAGAUACAAACAGAACUAACAUGAAACAUGCUUAUAGGUCAGAAAUCUUGCCGUGGCUCAGAAGGACUGAACUCAAAUUACGGGCAACAUGAUAUACAGGCAGUACAAAUGUACAAUUAGCAGCGGCAAUAGCACAUAUUCAAGAUAGAACAACUCAAGGUAGAAUCCCACGUAGAAGUACAGAACAGCAGAUUCACUUAGCAUGUAAAGAAUAGCAAAUGUGGUUGCAAUCAGGCUAGUGCCCCAUAAACUCUUAAUGUUGUGAGCUCUAGUCGCAACUAGUGUUGACCUCUGAACUGGGAAAAAAAACUGAAAAGAAUGCUAAAGUAUAGAUUGGCAUGAACUCUGACCCACCAUCUCUGAAUAUUGCAGUGCGGACCGGCUGCGGUUCUAGCAGGGCAGCGGCUCGUGCGUGGAACUGUGGAAGAUCUCGCCUGGCAGCCUGUGCCCGGCGGCGGCUCUGUUUUGGCGUUGGCUUGGCCUGAAUGCUGGCGUCCUCGGCCCUGAUUAUGGGUUCCGGCUGCUUGUUGUAUAUGUUUGCAUGAUAGUCCAGGACGUCUCGAUCCAAGACCCAAGCGUUGAAUAGUUGACGAGCUAGAUUUUUCGUGAAAACGAUGCGAGUAUAUCAUCCUGUGGAUAAACAGGUCUGCUAUCUUGGAACACUGGAGUCUGGAGCUAUAUAACAGCUGGGUCGCAUCGCAUAGGGAAAGCCACACACACCACUGCUCAGUAAACUGCCAAACACAGACAGCAAGCUAGAUAGAUAGCUAUUCCGUUCCAGCCAGAGCCAUGGCUCAAGUGCUGCAGGAAGUGCACCAGUAUGGCCUCCAUGAACAGCUGCACGAAUCACCUCCACAAGCAGCACUGAUCUACUCUCUUCUGCUAGCCGCUUGCCCUGUAAUAAUUCUCCUCCUACUCAUACGCCGCUACGCGACGACGUCGCCGUCGGCAGGGGCCACGGCGGCGAGAGCAAGGCAAGAAGAGCUGCUGGGGAAGCUCCCUGCGCCUCCGCGCAAGCUCCCCGUCGUCGGUCACCUACACCUCGUAGGGCCCCUCCCGCACGUCUCCCUCCGCGACCUCGCCGCCGAGCACGGCCGCGACGGCCUCAUGCUCCUCCGCCUCGGCGCCGUCCCCACGCUCGUCGUCUCCUCCCCGCGCGCCGCGCAGGCCGUCCUGCGCACGCACGACCAGGUGUUCGCGUCCCGGGCCUACUCCCCCGUGGCUGACAUCCUCUUCUACGGCUCCACCGACGUCGCCUUCGCCCCCUACGGCGACCACUGGCGCCAAGUCAAGAAGAUCUCCACGACGCACCUCCUCACCAACAAGAAGGUCCGGGCCUACCGUCACGCUCGUGAGCGAGAGGUGAGGUUGGUCAUAGCCAAGAUUCGGAAGGCAGCAAUCUCAGGCACGACCGUUGAAUUGAGCGACCUGCUCAGCUCCUUCGCCAACGACAUAGUGUGUCAUGCUGUGUCAGACGAGUAUUUUAGGGAGAAAGGCCGUAACAAGCUCUUUCGAGAACUGGCUGAGGCGAACUCGUCCCUCAUAGGUGGCUUCAACCUUGAGGACUACUUCCCUGUCUUGGUGAAGCUGGAUAUGGUCAAGAGGAUGGUGUGUGCUAAGGCUCAGAAGGUGCACAAGAGAUGGGACGAGCUUCUUGAUAAGCUCAUUGAUGGCCAUGCAAAUGCAACAAGGUCAGAGUCACAACAUGUCGACGAGGAAAGUGACUUCAUUGAUCUGUUGCUCUCUAUCCAGCAAGAGUACAACCUCACGAGGGACCAUAUCAAGGCACAACUGGUGAUCAUGUUCCAAGCUGGCACUGAUACAUCAUUCAUAGUGUUGGAAUAUGCUAUGAUUAAGCUCAUGCAAAACCCCAACCUCAUGACCAAGCUACAAGACGAGCUGAGGACUAUACCAAAGGAAAAGGAAAUUGUUACUGAAGACGAUUUGAAUGGUCUGUCCUACCUAAAGGCAGUCAUCAAAGAGACACUACGACUCCAUGGACCAGCUCCUCUCCUUGUGCCCCACCUCUCCAUGGCUGAAUGUGACAUAGAGGGUUACACGAUACCGUCUAGAACAUGUGUCAUCGUGAAUGCUUGGGCUCUUGCUAGGGAUCCUAUCUAUUGGGAGAGUGCUGAGAGGUUCAUGCCUGAGCGGUUCUUGGAAGGUGGCAGCGCCAUGACCAUGGACUAUAGAGGAAACGAUUUCCACUACUUGCCAUUUGGGGUUGGGCGAAGGAUUUGCCCAGGAAUAAGCUUUGCCAUUUCUUCUAUAGAGAUCAUGCUAGCAAACCUUGUGUACCACUUCAACUGGGAGCUACCACCAGAAUUGAAGAAAAGUGGCAUUGAUAUGACUGAAUCAUUUGGAGUGACAGUGCACCGAACAAAGAAGCUUCUCCUUGUACCUGUAUUGCCUCAGGACUAAUUAUUAUUUGGUAUUCUUGUGUGCCUAGCAGAUAGCGCAUAAUGCCUAUCAUGACAGUUGUAGCUCAUAUGUGAGUAUUGGGCUUGUUAUUCAGAAGGGUUUGCUGAACAAAUAAACCAUCAUUUGUUCAUGAAA